CUCGUUCUUGAGAGUAGUGCCUUAUAGUCUUCUAUCUUUUUAUCUUCUAUCUUCUACCUUCUACCUUCUGCCUUCUACCUUCUACCUUCUACCUUCUCCCUCCUGCUAUUGAUGAAGGAGUUACCUUCUACGUGCCUUCCAUUUCUCUCUACUCUUCCCCACAAGUUCGUUCGUGCAUUCAUUCAUGCUCUUUUCUUACUAGUAUCUUAAUAUCAUUCAUUCAUUACCUCAAGGUUACCUUACCUUGCGGAUUCCCCUGUAACAACAUAAGAUCCAACCCAUAGGACGACAAACCAUCGACUCAUCAUUCAGAACUUCCAUUGUUAAUUAAGGCAUCGAAUUGAAUAAUCAUUUAAAAUUGUUGAAGUAAAAAAAAAAUAGGAGUGAGCUGGAUUGAAGGUGUCGCCAGAUAAUCAAGAACACUGAUUGGUUGAUAUUGGUAAAUUUAUGAGGGGUGGUUAUACAGAAAAACAAAUACUAUAAAGCGGUAACUUUCGGUGGUCUGCACAAAUGUCGACUACAAGAAUCUCAACUCCAAAAAGGUCUCCGAAGAAAUCGACUUUCACUAAAACAGGAAUUCAAGUCACAAAAUCAGCUCCCAAUCUCGGCGCCUCCUACAAUUUAGCAUUAUUACAAGCUUCAGGAGCUACACCGGUUCCUGCACAUUUUUCCAAUAACGGUCAGGGUUUUGGUCUAAACAAUACUAGAUCGAAGCCAUCUCGACAAGUCUCACUUGCAUCCCUUACCUCAAAUUCACUUGCGGCAAUACCGGAUGCGAGUAAAAGAUACCCUCUUUCAACAGUUUUUGACGAGGAUAUGCCACCAGCAGACAACAUGCUACCGUAUACGCCUUCUCGAGUUGGUGGUGGGCCGGAUGAGUUGGAGGUGGGUGACAUAGUUGAUGUUCCUGGUAACAUGUAUGGUACUGUCAAAUUUGUCGGCAGUGUGCAAGGCAAGAAAGGGGUAUUUGCCGGAGUGGAAUUGGAUGAGAUGUUUGCUUCGAAAGGGAAGAACAACGGCGAUGUUGAAGGGUGAGAUAUGCAAGCAACUACAGCUGUAAACAAACAGUGAACUGAUUGAUGGGUGAUACAGAGUUCACUACUUUUCAACAACAAUUGACGGUGCUGGAAUCUUUCUUCCUGUCACCAGAGCAACAAGGCGCAGCACUCCAUCUUCCCAUGAUGAUUCUUUUCCUCUUUCACCGGCUUCUCCAUCACUGGGCAAUAGGAUUGGCAGACUUGGAUCAGACGUGAACACCCCACCAGCGCCUCACCUACCGAGGUUCAGUCAAUCUGUUGGCCCAGGUAGAAUCCAGAAAACUCGAUCAUCGAUGGCCACACCAACCACAUCACGACCAGAGUCUCCAGUACGAAGAGCAGCCGCUGUUAGGACAUCAAUAAAUGCACCCGCGCAGAGAGUCACAUCUCGAUAUGGAAGCCCUGCAGCAGCAAACUUUGGGCAGGGCAUUAGAGGAGCGCAAGAUGCUAGAGACCCAAGCAAGAAAGUCGGUUACGCCCCAAGAAAUAGCAUGAAGACACCAGUCCCUCCACGGAGUGUUUCGGCGCUUGGCACAGGGAACAGACCUGCAGCAAUGAACCUCAGUGAUGAAGAUACACCUUCUGCCGGAAUUACACGGACGGCAACAAACGGGAGCGUAAGCUCAGUCUCUUCCUUCAACGCAAAGUUACGGCCUGCAUCAAGAUCGGCCUCGCAUGCGUCCCGAGCUACUGACGACGAGGUCGAGCGAUUGAGAAGUCUACUGGAGGAACGCGAUCGAGAAAUAAAAGCGCAAGCUUCAAUUAUAGAAGACAUGGAAAAGACCCUUAGUGAAGCCCAAUCACUGAUGGAGGACAACAAUGAGAACGCGAGUGGUCAUAGAGAUAGCCGGGGAAGCAUGGAGGACAAAGACGCAGCACAAUUGAGAGCAAUAAUUCGUGAAAAGAAUGAAAAAAUCGCCAUGCUGACUGCUGAAUUUGAUCAGCAUCGAGCUGAUUUCAGGAGUACAAUAGACACACUUGAGAUGGCUGGUGCUGAAACCGAAAGAGUCUACGAUGAGCGCAUGAGUAAUCUUGUAAUGGAGCUCAGGACCAUGCAUGAGAACAGUCAUGAUGUGAAGCAUGUUGCUGUACAACUGAAACAGCUCGAAGAGCUUGUUCAGGAGCUUGAGGAAGGUCUUGAAGAUGCGCGGCGCGGUGAAGCCGAAGCUCGCGGCGAGGUCGAGUUCUUGCGUGGAGAGGUUGAAAGAACUCGAUCUGAGCUCCGUCGCGAGCGGGAGAAGACUGCCGAAGCUCUUAGUAAUGCAAAUCCUGCUACGGGUGCAGGCGCAGCAACACUUUCUAAAGAGAUUGCACAAAGAGAUGACGAGAUCCGCGGUUUGAAAGCUAUCAUCCACUCACUCAGCCGAGAUGCCAUACCUGACGGGAAUUUCUCGGAUCAUGAAAAAACACCAGGUGUUACACGACCAGGACUACAUCGAAGCCGUACAGAAAGCGCUUCAGUUUCAGAGGAGGAGCGCCUUACCCGGGAGAAGUUAGAACGGGAAGUGAGCGAACUCCGUGCCGUAGUGGAAAUCAAAGACAGCAAGGAAGAACAAAUGGAGCGUGAGUUAGAGGGGCUACGAAGGGAAAGUGUCAGCAAUCCUACUACUCAACGUACUAGUGCUAUUAGCAGUGGAACUGUAACCCAGGAUAGAAACUCUGUCCAAGAUUCCAAAGGCACAGUUGGGAGCUGGCGGGACCGCGAAGGAGCAUCAGAUGUUCACCACCACAACUUGGAGUCAAUGCCAGAAAUUGACGGUUACUCUUCUGCGGCCGAGGAUUUCUGUGAAUUGUGCGAGGCAUCAGGCCAUGAUGUUCUACAUUGCCCCAUGUUCGGUCCAAACGGUAAUAGUAGCAAUUCUAAGGAUGAGUCUCCAAAACAGCAACGUACAGGAAAAGACGUUGUCAUGGAAGGACUCAAACUAUCACCCAAACCAGCCCAAGAAGAAUUCGAACCAGCACCGUUAGCACCAGCCAAGAAGUCGCCUGAUGACGCGCCUAUCAAAACCAUCCCUAACCUCAUGGAAUCAGGUGCUGCUCCAGGAAAAGCAAGUGGAGUCAUCAAUAUGGACAAAUGGUGCGGUGUAUGUGAACGAGAUGGACAUGACAGCAUUGACUGUCCGUUUGAAGAUGCGUUUUAGGAGAUUACAGCUAUGUCUUUUUAGGAUACACUGUCAUACCGAUGUCAAUUUUUAAUUUUUUUCCUUUGUUAUUAGUUAUGGCAAGGCCACAUUGCAUUGCAAGGAGUGUUAUCCAUCUGCAAUAUACCCUUUCGGUUCUCCAUUCCAUGUAUAUUUUCCAUGCGAUGAGUAUGAGGGGGAGGGAGAUGAUAUUUUUAUGAGGCUUGGAUGAGAUGGGAACUGGAUUGAAUUAGAGGAUGGGUGACGGGACGGGACGGAACAAAACAUGGGUUGGACGUAAUGAUCAUGUAGUAUACUUUGUCAAAUUAAUGAUCCCAAUGCUUAGAUUUAAUUCUGUAUUUCUCGAUGAGAAUCUCUCAUAUGCUGGUAUAUGUUAGGUUGGUGUUGGUGAUCUAUUACUAGGAUGAAAAUCAUCAUGUUGGUUAGUCGUUUGUG